AUGGAUUUCCAGCACCGGCCCGGCGGCAAGACCGGUAGUGGGGGCGUGGCUUCCUCCUCGGAGAGCAACCGUGACCGCAGGGAGCGCCUGCGGCAGCUGGCCCUUGAAACUAUCGAUAUCAACAAGGACCCGUAUUUCAUGAAGAACCACCUGGGAUCCUACGAGUGCAAGCUCUGCCUGACGCUCCACAACAAUGAGGGCAGCUACCUGGCACACACCCAGGGCAAGAAGCAUCAGACCAACCUGGCUCGCCGAGCGGCCAAGGAGGCGAAGGAGGCCCCAGCCCAGCCUGCACCAGAGAAGGUCAAGGUCGAGGUGAAGAAGUUUGUGAAAAUUGGCCGCCCUGGCUACAAAGUGACCAAGCAGAGAGACACGGAGGUGGGCCAGCAGAGCCUCCUCUUCCAGAUCGACUACCCAGAGAUUGCUGAGGGCAUCACUCCGCGGCACCGCUUCAUGUCCGCCUACGAGCAGCGCAUCGAGCCCCCGGACAGGCGUUGGCAGUACCUGCUGAUGGCCGCCGAGCCCUACGAGACCAUCGCCUUCAAGGUGCCGAGCCGAGAGAUCGACAAGGCCGAGGGCAAGUUCUGGACUCACUGGAACAGAGAGACGAAGCAGUUCUUCCUGCAGUUCCACUUCAAGAUGGAGAAGCCGCCUGCACCACCCAGCCUCCCUGCUGGGCCGCCAGGGGUAAAGCGGCCACCCCCACCCCUGAUGAACGGACUGCCCCCACGGCCGCCGCUGCCUGAGGCUCUGCCCCCACCUCCACCUGGAGGCCUGCCCCUGCCACCUAUGCCGCCCACAGGGCCUGCACCCUCUGGGCCCCCCCAGCUGCCCCCACCAGCCCCCGGGGUCCACCCCCCUACUCCAGUGGUUCACCCACCAACCUCUGGUGUCCAUCCCCCAGCCCCAGGGGUCCAUCCCCCGGCCCCAGGGGUUCAUCCCCCAGCCCCAGGGGUUCAUCCCCCAGCCCCAGGGGUCCACCCUCCGGCACCAGGGGUCCACCCUCCGGCACCAGGGGUCCACCCUCCGGCACCAGGGGUCCAUCCUCCGGCCCCAGGGGUCCACCCUCCGGCCCCAGGGGUCCACCCUCCAGCACCAGGGGUCCAUCCUCCUCCAUCUGCUGGAGUUCACCCCCAGGCCCCAGGGGUGCAUCCACCAACUGCAGGAGUUCACCCCCAGGCCCCAGGGGUACACCCUCCAACUCCUGCUGUUCAUCCCCAGGCUCCUGGGGUGCACCCAUCUGCUCCCGGGGUCCACCCAGCAGCCCCAGGGGUUCACCCUCAGGCUCCAGGGGUCCACCCUUCUGCUCCUGGGGUGCACCCCUCAAAUCCUGGGGUGCAUCCUCCAACUCCCAUGCCCCCAAUGCUGAGACCUCCACUCCCCUCCGAUGGGCCUGGGAGCCUCCCUCCCCCACCCCCAGGCAACUGA